AGCUCCAGGUCAAAGACCGAGCAGCUCUGGGAGUUUUCAGACCAGCAAGUGAGGAAAAGUUGUGAGAAGCGGGACCUGCCGGCGGCUUCUGUCAGCAGCGGUUUCAGCGUCCAGCGCCAGCCUGUGUGGAGUGUCCUUACUGCGGGUGAGAGGCUGUACAAUCCUCGGCAGUGUUCUGAGACUGUACGGCCCCGACCCCCCCCCCACCCACCAACCAACCCACCCCCUCAACCUCCAGCCUGGACGGUCACAGCGCAGCCAGCCAGCCAGCCCUGCUUUUAUGGACUAACUAACAGUUCACAGGUUUUAAUGCCGGAGCUUUCAAUGUAACACGCACUUUCUUUGACUCUAAACUUGGACUUAACUCAGACUGUCGGGGAAUUACACCGCUGAUUUGUGCACGAGAGAAAAACAUGACGGCCGACAAGGAGAAGAAGAGGAGCAGCUCAGAGCGUCGUAAGGAGAAGUCCCGUGAUGCCGCUCGCUGCAGGCGAAGCAAAGAGACGGAGGUUUUCUACGAGCUGGCUCACCAGCUGCCCCUCCCCCACAGCGUCAGCUCUCACCUGGACAAAGCCUCCAUCAUGAGGCUGGCUAUCAGCUUCCUGCGCACACGCAAGCUGCUUGCCACAGGCAGCAGCAGCAGCAGCAGCAGCAGCAGCAGCAGUGACGGUGACGAGGACGGACAGAUGGACAGUCUGUACCUGAAGUCUCUGGAGGGCUUCAUCACCGUGGUAACGUCAGACGGCGACAUGAUAUUCCUGUCUGAGAACAUCAACAAAUUCAUGGGGCUUACGCAGGUGGAGCUCACUGGUCACAGCAUCUUUGACUUCACUCAUCCAUGUGACCAUGAGGAGAUCAGAGAAAACCUCAGCCUGAAGACAGCCGGAAGCAGCUUUGGUAAAAAAGGCAAAGAGCUGAACACCGAGCGGGAUUUCUUCAUGAGGAUGAAAUGCACGGUGACCAACAGGGGACGCACCGUCAACCUCAAGUCGGCCAGCUGGAAGGUGCUGCACUGCACCGGACACCUGAAGAUGUACAACAGCUGCCCUCCCAGAGUGCUGUGCGGCUUCAAAGAGCCUCCGCUCACCUGCGCCGUUCUGAUGUGCGAACCCAUCCCACACCCAUCCAACAUCGACACGCCGCUGGACAGCAAGACCUUCCUGAGCAGACACAGCAUGGACAUGAAGUUCACCUACUGCGACGAGAGGGUAACAGAACUGAUGGGUUACACUCCUGAGGAUCUGGUGGGUCGUUCAGUCUACGACCUUUACCACGCCCUGGACUCAGACAGCGUCACCAAGAGCCACCACAACUUGUGCACCAAGGGUCAGGCGGUGAGCGGUCAGUACCGAAUGCUGGCUAAGAACGGAGGCUACAUCUGGGUCGAGACCCAGGGAACUGUUAUUUAUAACAGCCGCAACUCGCAGCCCCAGUGCAUUGUGUGCAUCAACUAUGUCCUCAGCGACAUCGAGGAGAAGUCGAUGAUCUUCUCCUUGGAGCAGACGGAGUCCCUGUUCAAGCCGCGCCACAUGAGCAGCUUCUUCACUGCCGGAGGCGCAGGUGUGACCGGAGAGCCGGGAGACGCCCUUUUCACCAAACUCAAAGAGGAGCCCGAGGACCUGGCCCAGCUGGCUCCGACGCCCGGAGACACCAUCGUUUCCCUCGACUUCGGUCGCCCUCAGUUCGAGGUGUCCGCCGCCGCCGCUAUGCUCCCUCCAGGACCUCCGUCCUGGGCCAGCGAGAGUCACAAGGCGGCCCCUCCGGCAUCAGGCCAGACCGCGGCUCCGGUCCCGGUUCCAGGCGACAUGGCUAACAUGGCCGGUACAUUCACAGUGCAGCAGAACCCGCCGCCGGGCAGCGCCACCCCGAGCCUGAGCAGCUGCUCCACGCCCAGCAGCCCAGGUGAUUACUACAGCUCAGUGGAGAGUGACCUGAAGGUGGAGCUGACGGAGAAGCUGUUUGCUCUGGACACAGAGGGCAACAGUCCUGCAAACACUGAGACGGACUUAAGCGACUUGGACCUGGAGACUCUGGCUCCUUACAUCCCCAUGGACGGAGAGGACUUCCAGCUGAAUCCCAUCAUCACGGAGUCCGAGCCCCUGGAGGGGGGUCCGGCGGGAUCCAUGGGGAGCAGCAGCAGCCUGCCGCAAACACGCCAGGCAUCCCAUCAGAGCUCCAGCAACAUCGCCGGCCUCUUCCAGCCCCUGUCCUCCCCUCCUCAACCCCAAGGCCACUACCAGCCCCAGCCAGCUGCAGCCUGGGCCACAGGGGAGAAGAGAGGCUCCAGCCAUGGGACCGUGAACCCCCGCACGGGGUCAUACAUGAUGGGUCACAUGCAGAAUCCCCCGUACCAGGCCCCGGCCAGCACCCCUCUGUCCUCCAUGGGCGGCAGGCAGAAUCUGCAGUGGCCGCCGGACCCUCUGUUAACCUACCAACAACAACAACCACAAGCCACCAAGGCCUACCGCAUGGACACUUUGACAGGAGAGGCGCGCCCGUCCUGCCAACAGAACAUGACGCACCUCAUGCAGAAACAGAGGUCCAUUGACAAUUUUAUACAAGCCUACAGAGACAUGAGUCCCGCCAGAGUGGCCAUGACCAACAACUUCAAGCGCUCCUUCACCCAGAUGGCUGUGGGUGAAAGUAAGGCGUCAGAAUUCACAUGGAAAAAGAUGAGGGGCGACGGCUGUGUCGCCAUGGAUCGCUCCCUCAGCGCAGGAUCACUGACAGAGUCGGGGAUGAGCAGGAUGAUGUCGGGCAGCAUGCCCUCGUGUCUCAGCUCCCUGCAACAGCACAGGAAGUCUCAGUAUCCUGGAAACGGGAUCGGCGGCGCCAGCGAGAAAGUGUUCUCCCAAAAGAGCUGCAACUACACCGAUUACAACAUGCUGCCUUCUAACAAGCCCGCCGGUCUAGCUAGUCGUUUGCUGGGCCCCUCGUUUGAGCCCUCCUGUCUGCCGGAGUUGACCCGUUACGACUGCGAGGUCAACGUCCCGCUGCAGGGAAACCUGCACCUCCUCCAGGGCUGUGACCUGCUGAGAGCCCUGGACCAGGCCACCUAGAGCCCCAGAUUCAAACCCCACCAUAGACCCGGACUUAAUCCCGGCCCUGAACCUCGACCUGCAACCCGAGACUUAGAGCCUAAAUCUUUACCUUCAUACCUCUGGGUUUUCUGAAAGCCCUGAGGUUAAGCUACCUAUAGGGAAUGGUAUUCAUUAGCUUAUAUGACUCGGCCCCUCACUGGUUCUCUCUGUAGUUCUGUGCCUUGACCAUCUAAACAAGCUGAGAUAUCAGGGUCAAGCCAUUUACGCCCCUGUUGUUCCCCCCCCCAAACAUUUGACUCAAAUCAGACGCAGGUUGACCACCAAUGUGCGAACGUUGCCCUGCAUUGAGCCGACCGCACACACACAGGACCCAGACAUGUAAGAAAACGCGGGUCAGUCCAAAACGAUGCCUGACCUGAGCCCUGUGUUAAAGUCUCGACACCGGGACGUCUCUGGUCACCGCCGGGUCUUUGGUGCAAACGGGGUAUUAGACACACGAUCUGCCUUAAAGGCCAGCUCUGCCCAAACACCUACAGCCAUACGCCGCGUCAUACCAGCUGUUUCCUGCCGUGACUUACGUGGGAAUCCAUGACCAUGCUACACAUAGGCACACGGGGCGGGGAGGGGGGGGGAGGAGGGGGGGAUUCAAACCUACAACACUGUCUCCUCUGCAGAACUACAGCCCUGAUAUGAACUCUAUGCAGCUCGGUUCCCAGCCUUACCUUCUCUCUAGCGGCUAACUCGUUCCGCUCCGAGAAGAGGAUGUUAUACUACCUACACAUUAACAGAGACACUGUGUUCUUUCACUUCGUGCAUUUGACCAGCAGAUAGACCCCAGACCACUUUUCUAGUUCCAGUCAAAGCCUCGAGCGAGAGCUGGGCAUCGUGAAUCGGUUCUGACUCGUAGACAUUUUAAAAUCAAUAAGAACCGAGGAUUCUUUCGAAGACACGCUCUUUGAUUCCGUUUAUUGAUUCCCAAACUUUUUGAUCGAAAAAAAGGUGCAAUAUGCAAGAUCGGUAACCAAUACAGCAAAGCGCUGGUGAUAGCAGUUGUUCCCAACAUUUGCAUCUGUUUUCCUCUUAGAUUGAUUCAUUUUAAUGAUCAUAGGGAUAAAACUUAAUUAAAUCACAUGAAACAGGCAAAAAUUAGUCUAAAGUCUGGGAAAAAAUAAAUAGAAAUCUGUCAACAAGAGCAGGAUUUUAUUUACUAUAAGCAUCAUUGUUAUCUCCUUGUGACCACGCAGGAGAAAUUAUAAUAUGUCAAUAGGAAAAGUAUUAUUAACCUGCUUAAUGCACAAUUUUAACUUGAAGCAAUAUUUUGCGAAAUGGAACUUUUCAUAUCCGAGUUGUGGCGUCUGUAAAAACUGCCGUCACGUUUAAUUGGAACGAUAUCACGAGAGGAGAAAACCCAGGUUUAUUCACAUGGCUCAGUGGAAACUCAGAACAUUCACACUGUGUUUUGUCGACUUUUAAAAAUCGCUUCUAUUUUGCACAAAACUGCAAUUUUUUGAUGACUGAAAUUACAUCGCUCCAGAAUCUUUAAGACUAGGAGUUUGCGAUUUCCAAUUGAGGUAAAAAAAAAAAAAAGAAACAUUUAACUUGUACGUGAUGAUGUAGACAAUAAUUUCAACGUCUUCAAAAUGCUUCACUGCUUCUUGAAUCAUAUUUAGAUUUGAGGAUCUGGAAUCAAUGAGCAGAAUCAAAGCCUUCAUCACACACUCAUCAACCUGCCUCUUCAUCUCCCAGCUCAUCACCUGUAGUUCAGUGAUUCUCUGACUCAGAACAUCAGUUUGGGUCAGUUUUAAUUACACAUGCAUUAUAUUUUUUAUUUUAGUUAUUAUCAUUAGUCUAUACUUCUGUCAUUGAAUUGAGACACUUUAACUUUUAUCAGAUCUCCCCACGUUAUUUAAUCCAAAUCGACAGGACACUUUACCGUAUCAAUACUGCGUCGUUUCUCCUCUCAUUUAUUUUUUUUUAUGUCGUUAUUCUACCUACCUUUUUUUUUUUUGUGUCUAUCUCACAGACACAAUAAUAAACAUAUAUUGCAAUACAUGUACUCUACUGUAAGUUGAAUAUUGUUAAGUUUUAGUUUUCCUUUUUUUUUUUCUAUCUCCCUUUGAUUUAUCUUAACAUGUUUCUCUCACUCUCACCUGUUCAUCAGGUGAGUAGCUCGUGUGACUACAGGGUUUGUUCUUAUUGUGCAAUUAAUUCAGUUAUAUAGUCAGCAACAAAGCUAGCUUGUACAAAGGAAUCUGGCUUGCACACUUACACUGUAAGAGUUCACUUGAUUAUUUGUCGCAGGCUUACACAAACACACACACACACACCACACACACACACACACACACACUUCAUGCAAUACAGAAAAUCCAGGUGUGUGCACAGAUUAUAUAAAGGGGGCGGGGCAGACCGCUCCUGCAGGUUCAGCGUUUGCCCUUAACAAUAGUAUAUAAUUUUACUUUCUGUUAUGUAUUUUUAUUUUAUCCAUUAUCAGACUUUUGAAACUUGCUCGACUUGUGUAAAACAUCAUAAAAAACUUUCUAUUGCAGCUUUAUUUGAAAAGAUUGCACUAUCUGACUAAAAAAAAUAAUUUAAAUGUUUAUUUAAAACACAUUAUAAAGUUGUAAGACUGCAACAUGCAGUUAUUUUGAUUUUAAAUUUGAUUCUUUUCUCAAAAAAUUGAUUGUUUUGUUUAUAAAAUUUCAGAAAAUGGUAAAAAAAAAAAAAAAAUCCCUUUAGUCUGAGUUAAUUUAUUCUUUUUAAUCUGAUUAUCAGUCCAAAAUCCAAAGACAUUCAGUUAACUAUACAACAAGUAAUAACAGCGGGUGAAACAUGCAAAAGCGGAGAAGCUAAACAUCUUCCAAGGAGAGGUCAGCCCCCCCCCCCCACCCCCCCCACCCCCCUGUGCACAACAUUGCACAAACCAGUGUGAGGUCAACUAUAAUCACUUCAGACAACACAUGCAGUACAUGUACAUAGCAGCAGCAGCAGCAGCAGCAGCAGCAGCAGCCUGUGAAGUGACUUGAAGGUGGAGUGUAUGUGUAUUAUUCUUUGUGAUUAGGACAAGGCCAGUUUUUCUUCUAAUUCAUGAGAGUGGCUGCCAAUACCAGAAAUAAAUCAACAGAAUGACGAUGGACUAAGAGUAGGAUCAGUUUUCAACUAAUAAAAAAAAAAAGUUAUUUUCGGUAAUAUCAUCAUUAUCAUCAAGUUCUCACCGUUUCUUCGUCUGUUCUCUCCUUUUCUUAAUCUCACUGUAUUUUCUCGAGGUAAUUGUCUUUUGUGUGGUGACCACUUUUGAGUAUGGAUUAUAGAGCUUUGUACACAUAUAAGUUACGUAUUUAAAAAAAAAAAAAAAAAAAAAAAGACAAAAUUAAUGUUGAAGAUAGUGUUUUUAGUGUUUAUGUGUCCUGGUACUUUGUCCUUAUUUACCCCUGUAGAUCCCUCGCAGUGCCGUUUCCUCUCGUGCUGUUUUUUCCGUGUUGUGACUUUUCUUUUCUUUUUUUUUUUUUAAUUGUCCUCCAGAGUUUUAUCCUUAAAAUAUCUAUUGAAUCUGUUGGCUGGCCAGUAUUUUUUUUUUUUUUUUUUUUUUUUUUUGUUCUUGCUUUAAGAAGAUAAAACGAAAAACAAACAAACAAAUAAACAACAGAAGAAAAAAAAGUUCAGAUUUAAAGAUAAAUAUCAGUUUUCUAAGUUUCACUUUUCAGAUAUGUAGCAUUUUGAAUAUUGUAAAGAAGGUGAAGUUGCCACAUAAUUAAUCAUAGUUUUCCAGUUGCAUUUACUAUAUAUAUAAAAGCAAUGGUGCUUCAUAGACCAUGUAUGUGUCAUUUUAAGAACUUUUAUCACAUCUCUUGGAUCCACUAACACUGUAUUUUUUAUGUUCUCCGCUUUGUGUCAUGCUGAGAUGUUCUUUAAAGUUCAUUUGAAUCCAUAUAAUGUGCCUUAUCAUGACUUCCUGGUUGUCUCAACACAUAUCUGAGUUCACCCUUCAAGAGCACAGAUGGUUUCCUUACAACCUGUAGAUGACGUCCUUCAACCCCUGGGGGGCUAUUAUUGAAGAUAAUCCUAACUCAACGUUGCAUCUUUCAAAGUUAAACAUUUUAAAGUCCUAUUAUCUGAGAGAGUAGCAUCAAAUUUCAGUUUUUGUUUGUUUUGUUUGCAGUUUUAAUUUGACUGUAUCUCCUAAUGAUAGUUGCCAGAUAUUAUAGCAGAAGCUUUGCAUUUGUUGGAUCUGCUCGACUUUUGUCUUCGACUGUCACAGUUGGGAUGAUUUUCAUAAUGAACCCUCAGGUUCUGUUCUUAGUGACGGAACAUGCAGAAGAAACCUCAUAAAUUCCAGUAGAACGCCCAUUAGAACCCACUGUAGAUCCCCUGGUGAUGACGAGUCAAAUUUUGGUUUAAGGUUUUUAAGGAAAUGGAUUCCCCAGCUCAUCAAAACGACCUAACAGUCUGUCUGUUGAUGAAGCUGCUUGUGGGUUUUUAGGUUUAGUUGAAUAAGACUUGACUGCACAUGAAAGAGUUUGUUCCAUUAGUUUUAACAAUGAAGAUCUAAAAUUAAUAUAUUUUUUACAAGCUGGGUCUUUUUUUCAGGCUUUGGCUGUUCCACCAGUUACUAUCAGAUUUUUUGGACCACCUUAAUUACUCAGACGUGGGAAUGGACUGUGCUACAUCAUGAUAAUUCAGAUGUCUAGAAAGGUUUUAACAUAAUUCACAGUUUAGGUAUAAGACAGUAUCUAAAACUGAACCUUUUAGAAGUGAUAGCAAAGAAAUCCAAAGCUAUGAAGAUUUAAUCCCUGUUGUAAAAAAAACACAUGAUGUUUAAUUGGAUUGGAAAUGGACAUUAUCCUGAGACGGGCUGAGAAACAGGGAUGAAGGAGACAUGAGUGAUGUGGAGUUGAGUGAAACCUGAAGAGAGAUACAUCCUGCUCAGCCUGCCCACUGAUGCAUAUCUCUCCGCUCGACACCAUCACUCAUCUGUUUCUCCUCUCACUCCUCCCUCUCUCUUCACUUUCCUUUAACAACAUCAAUUCAUUUGUUUUCUCUCCUGAUAUGUCAGCAAUUACUUUAUACAUGAAUAUGUCCAAUUUAAACAAUAUUUCAAAGUAAAAAACCUGCAAAUGGAGCUACUCUUAUUUGUAGGAUCAUUGCGUAGCAUUUAAAGAUUUUUAAAUGUUUUGUUUUUAAGUCAUUAUAAUUAUUUUAAUUGAACGGUUCAAGUGCUAAGGCGACUUUCAGAGGCCAAAGAGGUUUUAGGAAUUUACAUUAAGUGCUUUGAAACAUGCACAUGGAAGAAGAACAGCACCUCAGAUGGGUUUUUUAGCUGAUGAGAUUUGACCUAAAUUGCGUUCAUGUAUGUGGAAAGAGUUGGUUAGAUGGAAGUCGAUUUUAAAAAUGUGUCGACAGAGGAGAAGCCCCAACCCCCCAUUUUUAAGCCAGUUUCUGCUCCACUAGCUUCGGACGGAGAAUUCAAAAUAGUUUAUAAAUCUUUUACACUUCAAAGUUUUAACCGAGAUAAACACAAGUUAUUUUGUUAGCAUUCAAGAACUACACAUUUCUUGGGCCUUAAACCUUUGUAGAAGGUGUCAUUCUCAAAUGCUAAUAUUGUUUUAUCCUUUCUAAAAUGAAAAAAUGUGAAAAUUUGUUGUGUGUUGUAGUAAAUAUUUGUCCAUCUUAGAAUAGAGAUAGAAAACACCAUGAACCGGUGUCUCUAUCUCUAUCAGCAAUCACUGAAAAAACGCACGAGAAGCGAGCGCUGGUGAAAUAGAUGCUAACCCAAAAAUGGGCGGGGCUUCAGUUCUCUUUUUUAACUCUAGAAGGCCUAUCACCAGUCCCAAUCAUACUGAGCUGCUUGAAGGGGUUCUCCCAAAACAAAAGUGAUGAAAAGUUUCAGGUUUUAAUCCGCUCAGUCAUCGCAUCUUCUUUAAAGACACUGUCAGCAUUUUGUCUCGUCUCCUGUAACAACAGCGUUUUUAUUUUUCCUUAUGGGAUCCAUGUUCAGCUACUUCUGUUUUCGUCAAUGUCAUACAGUACAGUUAUAUUAGCUGAUUUUGCAUUUUUUUUAAUAUGCUAAAAAAAAUUCAUAUUGAUCUUAUUAUUAUCAUAUAUUGUUAUCAUUGUUAUUACUAUAUGGGGAAUUUAACCCGUUAAGAAGUUUGUGUUUCUGCACUGAUAUCUUAUUAUUAAAGCAUACUGAUCUUACCCUC